AUGCGCCAGUCUCUCUCGACGCUGGCCCUGGCCCUCCUCGCCGGCACCGCCUCGGCGGUCCCCGAGAAGGAGGACGGUGACCACCUCUACUCGUCCCACCUCGCCAAGCGCGGCAUCGACGCCGAGGGCAACUUCAACGUCUCCUUCUUCCACGUCAACGACGUCCACGCCCACCUCGACGAGUUCUCGUCCUCGGGCACCGACUGCACGCGCCCCGAGCGCGGCUGCUACGGCGGCUACGCGCGCAUCAAGCACACGGUCGACGAGCUCCGCCCGCAGUACAACGACUCGCUCUGGCUCAACGUCGGCGACGAGUUCCAGGGCACGCUCUUCUACUCCUUCUACAAGGGCGAGAAGAUCGCCGAGACCAUCAACCAGCUCGGCUUCGACGCCAUGACGCUCGGCAACCACGAGUUCGACGGCGGCGACGACGAGCUCGGCGACUUCCUGCUCAACCUGACCUUCCCCGUCGUCUCGGCCAACAUCGUCUCGGACAACGAGAAGCUCAACAAGACCAUCAAGCCCUACCACAUCUUCGACGCCCAGCAGCUCGCCGUCAUCGGCGUCACCACCACCUCCACGCCGGGCAUCUCGUCCCCCGGCGAGGGCACCAAGUUCCUCGACGUCGUCAGCACCGUCCAGUCCACCAUCGACCACAUCCGCUCCACCACCAACAUCACCCGCAUCGCCGCCAUCACCCACAUCGGCUACGAGGAGGACCAGAAGCUUGCCGAGCAGACCACCGGCCUCUACCUCAUCAUGGGCGGCCACUCCCACACCCUGCUGGGCGACAUGGAGGACGCCGAGGGCCCCUACCCGACCGUCAAGAAGAACCGCGACGGCGACGACGUCUUCAUCGUCACCGCCUACCGCUGGGGCGAGUACGUCGGCUACAUCGACGUCACCUACGACGCCGACGGCAAGGUCCUCGCCUACCACGGCGGCCCCAUCCACCUCACCAACACCACCGAGCAGGACCCGGAGCUGCAGGCCCAGAUCGAGGCGUGGCGCGGACCGUUCGAGGCCUUCGCCUCCGAGGUCGUCGGCUCCACCAACGUCGAGCUCGACCAGACGCUCUGCCAGCGCCAGGAGUGCCUCCUCGGCAACGUCAUGACGGACGCCAUGUACGAGUACCGCCUCAACACCUCGGCCUCGGCCUCGUCCGCGACGCCCCCCGACUUCGCCCUCAUCAACGCCGGCGGCAUCCGCGCCACCAUCGACCAGGGCGACAUCACCCGCGGCGAGGUCCUCACCUCGUUCCCCUUUGGCAACUCCAUCGUCGAGAUCGAGUACAAGGGCUCCGACCUGCGCAAGGUGCUCGAGGGCGCCGUCAGCAAGGUCAACCAGUUCAACGGCGCCGCCAUCACCUCCUUCUUCCAGGUCUCCAAGAACGUCGUCAUCCAGUACAACACGACCGGCAACAACGGCUCCAAGCUCGUCUCCGUCGAGGUCGCCGGCGAGGCCCUCGACGACGACAAGGACUACCGCGUCGUCACCCUCGACUUCCUGGCCGGCGGCGGCGACAACAUCUUUGUCGCCACCACCGACUUCGUCUCCCUCGACACCCAGGACGAGGUCCUCGUGCAGUACGUGCAGGCCAAGAGCCCCAUCGACGCAAAGAUCGAGGGCCGCAUCGUCCAGAGCAACGGCACCGCCACCACGCCCACCGGCACUGCCACCGGCACCGGCACCGGCGCCGCCCCGACCUCCACCUCGGGACAGAGCGGUGCCGGCAUGGUGUCCGUCAGCGUCGGCGCCGUGGCCCUGAGCCUGUUUGCCGUCCUGGCCAUGUAG